UGUUGUACAACACUAGACAUUGCGUAGACUGAAAUGUCGAAAGAAAGUGAACGAAUCGGUCGGUCAUCAGUGUGCAAGAUAUCGUCGGCGGUACCUGUACUGUAGGACGCGUUUUAUGCCUUAUUUCGUAACCCUAAUAUUUUGAGGGAACUAAAAAUGUUUUCUUAGUCUUUUGAAUAAUAAGUGAUUUAUAAUUCGAUAGAAACGUAAAAAUGGAUUUGUUAAGUGCCGAAAGUAGCAGACAGAGAGUUUUGGCAGCUCGUCACAUAAGUGCUGAGACAUCAUUGCCAGAAGUAAACAAUGCGAUUAAUACAACUUUAUUGUGCCAUAGCUAUAGCCUUCAGCCUGAUUUCGUCUCAUAUUUGGCAGUUCUCAAAUCCAACGCAUGGAUUAUAUGGUCCUGUGGACUAGUGGUGGUGCUAACAUUAUGUCUUCUCUAUAUCUUAACCCUACGGUCUGCGUUACGCUAUUGGAAGGAGUCGAGCACAAGUUUAGCCAUUGUUUUGGCUGUUUAUCCAUUGGUCGCAGCAAUGGCUCUACUUACAACCAUUUUGCCUCGAGUACGAAUCAUAGCUGAGGCGAUCACCCAAGAGGCUGUAAUGGUGGCAAUGUAUCAUUUCUAUUUUCUAAUCAUCGCCGAGUGUGGAGGUACUAAUCAACUCGUCAGACGAUCUGAAGGGUCUCAAAUGGAGACCAGGGUGUUACCAUGCUGUUGCUGGCCUUGUUGCAUCUUGCCGAGGCCGCAAGUACAAAAAAGGAGUUUAACUUGGUUGCGAUAUCUGGUGCUGCAGAUGCCUGUAAUCCAAGCUAUAUUGUACUUGAUUGUUCUAAUUCUUUGGGCUGAAGAUAUGAUGUUAUACCUGAACAGUUUUAUCUACAUUCAACCGUUCAUCGCCGUCUCGAUAUUGUCAGGUGUAUGGGGUGUAAUAAUGUGCGUGCGCGCAGCUGAGGCUACAGGAUCCACUCCCAGGCCCAGAUUCUUAGCCUUGCAGCUAGUUCUUUUGAUUGUUAAAUUACAAUGUGGCUUUGCAAAAAUUGUCCCGGAGUUGUUUGAUUUGCCUUGCAUAGUGGCUUUGCAUCCUUCAGUAUUUGUUAAUAUGAUACAAAAUAUUAUAAUGAUUUUUGAGAUGUUAUUAUUGUCGAUAUGGGCUUGGCGAUUGUAUAGUGUGCCAUCAGGAAAGAUGGCGGAUAAAGUACAGCACAUAGUGGUCGCAGUACUUGAAGACAGUCUCACUAGCAACGAGAAAAUAAAAGAAGCAGAUACAUGCAGCAACAAAACAAAUAUCAAACGUGAUGAAAUAAAUUACUAAGACAAAUUCUUAUGUUCGAUAUAUAUUUUUUUAAUUGCACGUCCUUAAAUUGAUCUGAUAAGUUAAAGUUAGAUAAUAUAUAUUAAUAUAUAUCGUGGAUGUGCUAAAUUUGAAUAUUUUUUAUUGUAAUUUUAUGUUAAAACUUUCUGUGAAAGAAAUAAAAUCAAAUCACGUACCUGAUUAUUUUGUACACCUACGUAUUGUUGGUAAAUAAAACUUUUGUAAUAUA